CUGGACUCCUCCCACACACACGUGUCUGAUCACAUGAUCAUGACGUCAUCACAGGUCCUCUAGCCCUGCAGGAUGUUUCCUGUGCCCUCUUUGAACACAGCAGUCAUGAUCCUUACAGCACAGUUUCCACGAUGUUCUGGAGUCAGAAGGUGCAUCCUGAAAAACAUCACACAGCCUGACUGGAAAUGGCAUUCUACAUUCAGUAACAGAAAUACCCGACCUUUAAAACUUAGUGUUGUGGUACCUUCAGCAACUACAGGUUUUUCAAGGAUAUUCAAACAUGGAUGUUUGCGAACAAUAGCCUCUGAAACUUCUACAACAGAUUUUUCGAGCCAAGUAGAAGUACUCGGUAAACAGUUCCCUCGAGAUGACUACACAAAUGUCACAAAUAAAAUCCUAUCCUUUGUUGGGAAAAACCUGCACAACCAGAAAUACCAUCCAUUGUGGCUAAUAAAAGAGAGGAUCAAGGAGCACUUUUAUAAAGAAUUUAUAGGCCGCUUUGGUAACCCCCUGUUUUCUGUUUAUGAUAAUCUGAGCCCAGUUGUUACCAUAGAGCAGAAUUUCGACAAAUUACUUAUUCCACUGGAUCAUCCUAGUAGACAAAAAGGUGACAACUACUAUUUAAACAAGACGCAUAUGCUACGUGCUCACACCUCAGCCCAUCAGUGGGAUCUGAUGCACUCAGGACUGGAUGCAUUUCUUGUGGCAGGUGAUGUUUACCGACGGGAUGAGAUUGACAAGAGUCAUUACCCAGUGUUCCAUCAAAUGGAAGGUGUCUGCCUUUUCUCAAACCAUGAGCUGUUUGCAAAGGUGGAAAAUAGUGACACUUGCCGGUUGUUUGAGUCAGGUUUUCGCACGCCCAACAAACAAGAGACCCAUACACUUGAAGCUGUGAAACUUGUGGAGUAUCAUCUGAAGCAAUCACUGUCCAGUCUCAUCAUUCAUCUGUUUGGUGAAGGACUGGAGAUUAGAUGGGUAGACUGUUACUUCCCCUUUACUCACCCAUCUUUCGAAAUGGAGAUCAAGUUUGAGGGAGAAUGGAUGGAAGUAUUAGGCUGUGGUGUCAUGGAACAGAAGCUGGUUAAUUCAGCUGGUGCUCAGGACAAAAUUGGAUGGGCAUUUGGUCUUGGGUUAGAGAGACUGGCAAUGAUUCUAUAUAGUAUUCCUGACAUUCGCUUGUUCUGGAGUGAAAAUGAGCUCUUCCUGAAACAAUUCCACGUGUCCAAUAUCAACCAGGCCGUUACAUUUCAGCCAAUUAGCAAGUUUCCCUAUUUGAGCAAUGACAUUUCCUUCUGGCUGCCCAGUGAAGGAUAUCUGGAGAACGAUUUUUAUGAUCUGGUCCGUAAUGUUGCAGGAGAUAUUGUUGAAGAAGUAUCUUUGAUUGACCAGUUUACACAUCCAAAGACCAAGAGAGUUAGCCAUUGUUACCGAAUUAAAUAUCGACACAUGGAACACACACUGACACAGGAAGAAGUCAGCCUGGUACAUAGGAAAAUUGGCAGCUUGGCAAUUGCAGAGUUGGGUGUGGAAGGAAGAUUUUAAUGUGACUUCAAUAUUAUAUUGAUGAAUUUUUUUCCCAAGAAGCAAAUUGUGUAAAAUAUUAUUUGUUUAAUGUCUGAUAUAUGCCUUUAAAUAUAUAUUUUUUAAAGUUA